GUUACAGCUGCGACAAAAGACACAAGAAAGCAACAGGGAGAAAAAGCAAUCAAAACGCUUACCUGUGUCGGUGAGGCGCAGAAAAUCUUUAUUGUGUUAUUAUUUGUGUUCUUGGAGAGUGACGCGGUUUAUUACAAAUAAAACCUCUAAUUUGAUUAACAUUUAGCGCCUAUGCAUAUCUGCUACCGAUAACGUCUCAUCCAUUGAUUAGAAAAUAGAAAAUUGUAAGAAAUGCCUGCGAUAAGCUCUUGUAGUCGCUACACAACCCUACGGGCUUGCUGAUCACACCUGAUUGGGCGUCGCUGAGGUAACCCGUAUUCUUAAAAAAGACAUGUAAAAAUUUUCUAGCUAUUAAAGGAUUAGUAUUUAUUAAUCAGCUAUAUAGAAGAUCUGAAGGGUAUAUAUUGCUAAAAUGGAUUUACUUCAGCGCCUACUCUACACCGCACUAAGUGUUGCCUCCAUUUUUUAUUUGAUCAUCAAAACGAGUCUAUCGCAUUGGAAGCGGCGUGGUAUAUUACAUGAAAAACCAAAAUUUUUGGUGGGUAAUUUAGGAGGCGUUGGAGGAAAGCGUCACAUUAGCUCAGUUCUAGAGCAACUCUACGAAAAGUACAAAGGUCAAGCGCCCUUCAUAGGCUGUUAUGCUUAUUUAAAACCCAUGGUUUUAGUUUUAGAUUUGGAGUUGGCAGCAAAAGUUCUUGUACAGCAUACUAAUUACUUCAAGGAGCGUGGCGUGUUCGGUAAUGCACCGCAUGAUCCACUUUCUGCGAAUUUGCUGCAGCAAGACGGCGCGGACUGGGAACGUCUAAACAGUGUUGUUUGUCCAACUUUUGUAGAGGAAAAUAUUAUCCAGAUGCUACCCACUUUGGAGAAGGUUGCAAGCGCAAUGCAUCGCUCUGUGAAACAAUCGGAGCCGCAUAAUGUAAUACCCAUAAAUAAACUAGUAGAUUGCUAUAACAUUGAUGUCAUUUCGACAUUGGCUUUCGGUGUAAGUGGCGAAACAUUUCUAAACUCCGAUACGGAAUUCCGCCGCAUGGCACGUAGUUACCUGAAAGACUUCAACAUAUUUCGUCUAUAUUUCCUUAUGUAUUUCCCGAACGUAGCGCGUCUGUUGCGCUACAAGAACUACGAGCAGGCUGCCACCGACUAUUUUCUCAAGCUAGUGCGUCAGAAGCUCUUUGAACUGGAGUGGAGCCGAAUAGAUAACCGAAGCAGUUUUUUUCAAAUGUUUGCUGAGCUAAAACGAGAUCGCAACCCCAAAAAACGUUUGAGUGACGAAGAAAUUGCAGCGCAAGCUUUUUCCUUUAUCUUGAUGGGGCUGGAGACCUGUAACUCGGCGAUGACAUUUUGUUUGUACGAACUAGCACUACAGCCAGAGCUACAGCGGCGGGUACGCGAAGAAAUAUGCGGUGUGCUCAAAGGAAAUGAGAAUGGUAUGGAUAAGAUGAAACUGGAAGAAAUGAAUUUGCUAAAACAAUGUUUGUACGAAACUCUGCGGAAGCACACUCCCUACGCCUUUUUGCUACGAAAUACCAACAAAGAUUACGAAGUGCCGAACUCUAUUUUCAUGCUGCGAACAGAUAAUCAUCUAGUCAUCCCUAUAGCUGCAAUUCAUCGUGAUCCUGAGCUUUACCCCGAACCGAACAAAUUCGAUCCAGAACGCUUUAGUAAAGAAAAUGUACAGCGACGUCAUCCAAUGGCUUUUCUACCAUUCGGAGUAGGCAGGCGAUAUUGUCUGGCGCAAAAAUUCGCCGAAAUGCAAAUGCUGGUUGGUCUCGCGACAUUGCUGCGCCAUUACAGUUUCAGUCCAUGUCGAGAAACGCCCAUUCCAUUGGUGUACGAUAACACACGCUUGGUACUUGCUCCAAAGGGAGAACUUAGGUUGGCAGUUCAACGUGUAUAAAUGUAUACCACAAGUGCGACUUGAACAAAAAUACUUUAGACAUUAUUAUUAAAUAACUAUCAUUUGCGUACAAAAUUACAAAACUUUUAUCUAAUUUAGACAUUUUCUAAAAUUUAUUUUCGCUGUAUAACAUUUCCGUUUUAUUGAUUUUAAGAAAAGGUUUUGCUCUACGUUUUUUGUAUUUGAGCGUACAAAAUGUUUCGAGAGAUUUAACUACGGAUUAAUUCAUAGUAGGAUUUUUAGUGCACAAAAACGUUUGGAUUAAAUUGGCUAUUCUAUUUUUUAGGCUGCUACAUAUGCAUUAUUGCAUAUACAUGUAAGAAUAUAUAUAUAUCAUACUUUCGUAGAAAUGUUUGCUGCUUGUGAUGUGUAUAAAAUCUAUUUUUUAAGCUAUUUUUAAUAGAUGCCAACUUUUUUGUUGCUUGCAAAAAAUGGGGAAGUGAAAUGGAAGAUAUGAAUAAAAACUCAUGUACGUUUUGGAAUAUGUAUGUUAUAUAAUAAAAUACAAAUAUUGACUUAAUUUGUUCCCUAUCGACAUAAAAAAUGUGUUUUUAAAUCAUCUAAUUUUGAUGGGUGGAAG